AUGCUGACGACCAUGGAGCCACAUCCCAUGAAGUGCGAUCUGGAUGAGGGUCGCCUGAAUGCCAAGUGUCGCGACCGAAAGUUUACUACGUUCCUGGACUUGAAGUUUGAUUAUCACACCGAGUUCAUAAACCGUCUACGCGAACAUGCCCAGGUGACCAAUUACAGCUGGACUGAACUUCAAACCUUCGAGUCCAAGAGACGCUUCUGUGCUGAGAGAUUCGUGGAAAAGUACGGCAUGACAUACUGGGGCGCGGAAACCCGCAAGAUGUACCUGCUGCCAGAUGCUUUCAACGAGCCUGAAUCUCUCUGUACCUACCCAGAGCGGAAAGAUGAAAUCAUUCGCACGGUUGCUCUCUUGCUUGAAAGAAAGGCAAAUAGUGCUAUGAGGAACAAAGACAAACAGAAUGCGAUAGAGCUCGCCACACCCACUCGACGCACUUCUGCUUCUGUGCCACCGCUCUGGGGAAAUUCUCCCUAUGCCACAUCAACUUCAAGCCCGGAGCUUUUCAGAUCUACCGCGAACCAGACAAAUGAUGGAGAUGACAAACUCAAGAGAAGGGCAUCCGACAGACACAAGACGUCGACCAAUUGGGGCAUGGACGCCUCAGAAUCCACUAGCCAAAAGCCUGGUAUCUCAGCGCCGAGUGGUAUACGCCCAUUUAGCUUCAUUUGGGGUGAUUGCAAGGAGAACAAUGGCAACAGUCUUCCCGAGCCAACAAGCCUGAAAGCGGAUGGGACCAGUGCUAACAAUAAGACAAGCGCAACUGAUGACAAGGUGAGUAAUCUAGAGGGACACUACCCGAAUGGUACCAAAUUCUUGGUGGAGGCUUCGAACCAGGAAGGAAUGGCUCCUGUCUGGGUGUCGUUUCAGAAUUUCCCGUCCGCAUCUUCGUUCUUGGGGCACAUGGCUGCUGAGUGCAGUGUGGUUGAGUGGAGUCCGUCCCAACAGAUCUUGACGGAAAACUCGAACUGGCAGACUGGGCAAUCGGUCCUGGCAGCUUCCGUCAGGUUUGAAUGGUCAGAAUUUGAAAUUCGUGUCCGGCAGGGGGUCGAUCACGACCUGACUAUUGUUUUCCAAGAACUACAGAAGGCUUGGAAGGCUAAGGAACUCAAUCUGGAUGGUGGCUCAGUUCAGCAGUUCAGGAUUAAAGUGAUGCUCCACGUUGGUUGA